CAGCUGCUCCCACAGUCAGACUCCUCACACAGUCACACUCGGCGGCGGCGGCGGCAGGAUGGCCGGCGGCGCGGCGGACGAGCCACAGAUCCGCGUGGAUCCGGCCGUCCACGAGUACCAGCCCGAUCCCCUUCCCCGUCCGCUGCCGCGGCCGCAUGGUGCCGGGGAAAUACCCUCGCCGCCGAUCCCAGAGGAGCUCCUGCUGGACAUCUUCCGCCGCAUUCCCGACCCAACCGACCUCGUCCUCACCUCCGCCGCCUGCGUCACAUUCCGCCGCCUCAUCGCCGACCGCUCCUUCCUCCGGCAGUACCGCAAGCUCCACGCCCCGCCCCUCCUCGGCUUCGUCGACGAAGACGAAGGCUUGCAGUUGCAUCCCGCCGAGCGGCCUUACCGCUCCGUACCGGCAGCCAGAGCGGUCGCCCGCGCCGGCGACUUCUCCUUCUCCUUCGUCCCCGCCCCCGCACCCCCCUCGCCGCUGGGUUGUCAUGGACAUUUCUGACGGCCGCGUCCUCCUCGGCGGAACCGACACUCAAUUUUUUAGCGGGCGCUUCUACAGAGAGAUGGUGGUGUGUGACCCGUUGCACCGGCAGUACCUCCUGCUUCCCCCAAUCCCUUUCGACCUAAGCCAUUCGGUGAAGUAUUUCGGUGAUAAUUUCUGGGAAACUUUCCUCGUUCCCUGUGGCGAUGAGGCAGCAAUUGAUGAAGAGAGAUCAUUCAGAGUGAUCUGUAUGGUGCAGUGCAAAGUUAGGCUCAUGGCCUUUGUCUUCUCUUCCAGCACUAGACAAUGGCAAGCCAUUCCAACCCCGAGUUGGACCAAUUUGUUUCCUGGCUUGCUACCAUCACAAAGCAUGCCACUCUUCACAAAGCGAGAACGUGUGUUUGGCUGCUUUUACUGGCUGCCAAUGGUAUACAAAUCCAACAUGUUGGUGCUCGAUCCCCGCAGGAUGGAGUUCUUCAUUGCUGAACCCCCGCCCGAAGCCAAAGCUCUAAACGUUAGUAUUGCAACUAUGGUGGAGUCAGGAGAAGGCAGGCCCAGAAUGCUUACCUGGCAGAGUUCCACAUCUGGCCGCGAGUAUACCAUUUGGAGGAAACAUGGUGGGAGCUCCAGCCAAUGGCAGAAGGAGAAGAUAUUCACAAUCUCACCGAGGUACUACUUCACAAGUUCAGUGGGGGAGUACUUGCUCCUGGAACACUGCCGAGAACACUUCGGAAGUGCAUUGCUUGAGUUAAGCUUAUGCACGUUGGACAUUGAAACAAUACAGAUCAAGAGGGUGUGUGCUUUAACAUCGAAUGGCUGCGCAUAUAGCAACUACCCACCAUCGUUGUCGUCACCGACAGUAUGAAGUGGUAUUGAGGAGGUGGCGCUGCAGGCUGAAGGGCACAUGGAUGGCUGUCACGAUGAUGAUGCGGAUGCUGGAGGUUAGGCUGAUGUGUUAAGGGUUGGGGAUGGUGCCGAUUAAUAUUGUGUUGCAACUUGAAAAUAGACUCGUGGUAUGUAGUAGGGUCUUUUGGUUGUAAUAUGGUCAUCUAUAUUUGACCUGAAGUUGAUCUGAAAAUGGUGGUGUGUCUGCCGCAUAAGGUGGCGAGAACAUCAUCGAUGUUUAGUUUCUCUGCAUUUAGUAAAUUAAUUAAGGAUCUGUGCUAA